UUGCGCCCGGAUGGAGCGGGAGCGGUUGGUUCGGAAGGUGACGGCGCUGCAGGCCUGCAUCCGGGGCUUCUUGGUUCGACGCCAGUUCCAGAGUCUUCGAGGUGAAUAUGAAGCUAUUGUACGAGAGAUCGACGGUGAUCUGGGCACGCUUCAGUGGACUGAGGGCUGGAUUCCCAGGCCCCGAUUUCUCCCAAAGAAGGCAAAAUCCUGUCAGACCUGGAAAGCCGCUAGAGAGAGGGCACCAAAUCCAGAGCAGGAGCUAUGGAGUCACUCCGCACAUAAAGAGACUGAGAAAGAGACCAUCCAGGAGGAUACGCUACUGAAGAAGUCAGGAGAGAGCUUCACAAACGCCAGCAGUCUUCCCUGCAGAGAUGCCAGUGCCUGGCUUCAGGAUGAGCAGAGCAGGAGGACCAGGAAACCAAGCCAAGAGACCAGAGACGUGUCAAGGAUGAAAAACCCAGAAGCUGCAGGUCCAGGACUGUCCCACAGCCAGACUGAGCUCCAGGAGCUCCAGAACCACCGCAGCCACUUGGCCAUGGAGCUGCUGUGGCUACAGCAGGCCAUCAAUAGCCGUAAGGAGUACCUAGUUCUCAAACAAACACUGAGAUCCCCAGAAGGGAACCAGAAUAGACAUGAGCCCAGCUUGUGCCAAGAUCAUGGGGGACAGAGCUGUGAAAAAGCUGGAUCACAACCAGGCCCACCGCUGGAAGACCAGCCCUACAGAGGCAGGACCCUUGGAGAGCCAGGCCAUGUGGAUGCCUCCUACUGGAGGCUCAGAUCACAACCCCACAAAUUCCCAGAAAGACUGGCCACUCCAGAUAAAACAACUGCUGGGGCCAAGUACAGGGACCCAUCCUACAGAUGGCCUGGGCCACAGCUGCCCACACCAUCGGAAUACCAGGCCACAGGGAAGAGGCUCACCAAAGAGCAGGACUGUGGAGAAGAGAUCUCUGGAGAGACCUGCCUGCAGCUGACAACACUUCUAGAGGAUGAAAGCCACAAAGAGCUCAAAUCUAAGGGCUCCUGUCCUGGAAAGGCCAGGACACAGCUGCCCACACUCCAUGAGGACCCAAACAUUGAAGACAGCUCUCCCAGGGGGCCAUGCCAGAAAGAGCCUGAUUGGCAAGGAGCUGUGCCACGAGAGUUGGGCAUCUCAGAGGACCAUGUCACCUGGGAUGGGUCUUUGGCAGAGCAUGGUGGCCUGGAUCUCUGGAAGAAUAAACCACCCAAGGGCCAGACCCCCAGUGAUAAAAGCUCCAUAGAUAGAACCUCCAGUGAAUCUAGUGAUGAAGGAUGGCAAAACCAGAGGACUGUACCAUGUAGGUCAAGGCCCCCUGAGAAACUGUCCACAGAGUCAGACCACACAGGAGAGGAUCACUGGAGGGGCAGACAGUGGGAAACAGGACCAGCAGGCUAGACCCUGGGGAACCAGAGAGGACCGGGUUCCAAAGGGCGAUGCUAUGAAAGGGCAGUGAGGGAGACAGGACCUCAUCCUAGCUCCCUGGUUCCAGUUGUACCUCCUGCCCCUGGGUAUUGGUGGCUAGUGAAGCCAAGAGAAGCUGGAGCACAGAGCUGGCACCAGUAGAGGGAGAAGGUAGGAGGCUACUUUCAUCCUCUGCCUGUGGUUCAACCCACAUUUAGGGAUAGGGAGCAACCUGGGGCAAGUCAAGUUGGAGAGUAAAGGUUGAGAAUAAAUAAAG